CUGUAAUACCCCAAUAAUACAGACAGGGUCAGGACGGGACCUCUCCAGUAUUCUUGCGGUGUCUUGGUGUGUCUAUGAAACAGAGGACUGAUCACUCAUCUCAGAGUCACACGAUUUUCAAGACAGUACUCGAGUAGCGAUUUCUUGAGUCAAACACUUGGCAGCCGUUACGAAAGAUGGGGGACGUGCAGCUGGUGACAACGACCCGAAUCUCCAAGACCAGUAUGAGUCUGGGGAGAUCCUCCCCCAGCAGCGACCCGCCAGCCUUCACCCUGCCGCCCCGCAACGCCCGCGUCAGCCCGGGGGGCACCGCGCGGCUGGACGGAAAGGUGCGAGGGAACCCCGAGCCUCAGGUGUGCUGGUACAGGAAUGGGCAGGCUGUAGUGGCGGGCGAGCGCCUCUCCAUGGAGCAGAGCAGCCGCGGCACCUUCAGCCUGGUGGUGCAGAACGUCCAGGAGGACGACGCCGGACGCUACACGUGCGAGGCUGCGAACAGCGCCGGCAGCCGCCAGGUGACCGUCGAGAUCAUCGUGGAAGGUAACGCAGCAAAGAAAUAUGGCCUUCCGGCAAGCAGUAGAACAACAGGGGGUCGUUUCGGUGUCCCUGCCGUGGAGAGCCGGCCCAGCAUCUGGGGGGAAAGCCCCCCCAAGUUUGUGACCAAGCCCUCACGCCUGUUCCUGCGGGUGGGACAGACGGGCAAGUUCUCGGCCAAGAUCACCGGGCGUCCCCAACCACAGGUGGUGUGGCUCAAGGGAGAUGAGGAGCUCCAGGCCUCCGGCCGCUACGGCAUGUUCGAGAGGUCCGGAAUCCACUUCCUGGAGAUCCGCGACGCCUGCGCAGAGGACGCGGGGACGUACACCUGCUCCGUCUCCAACAGCGCCGGCAAGGCCAUGGCUUCGGCCGAACUGAACGUUCAAGGUUCAGGUACAGAGUCAAGCACAACUCGGCCGGCUCCUGAAGUCAGCCCGGCCCCAAAGGUGGCCGAGACCCCAUCGGGCAGCCGCACCAGCAAUGGCCUUCUACCGAGUGACCAGCAGUCCAGCAGAGCUCAGCCAGAGGUGUCGGAGCGCAAGGUCACUAGUACUGUCACAGUCACCAAAGAGGUCAAGGAGACAAGGACGGAGAGCCGGAGAAACACAGCCACGUCCCCUAAAGCAGCAACAACAACAACAACAACAACAACAACAACACACGCAGAGUCCAGAGAAGAGAGCACCAGGAGGGCAGAGUCUCGGCUGAAGGCCUCCACGGCCAGCCCUAUGUCCAGCCCCAGCUCCACCUCCACCUCCAGCUCCGGCUCCGUCAGGCCCCAGCAGCCAGUGGGGGUCGGGGCGGGCGCACAGGCGUCCAGAGAGCUGGGGAUGGUGGGGAGGGGUGCAGGGGAGCUCUCCAGCGCUGGCCGAGCGUCUGGGGCCUCGUCCCCCUCGGAGUCCAGUCGAGAGGUCCUCAGGCUGGGCAGAGAGACCCGGGCAGCAGACUCACCGGUGGGAGCGGCUCCCAGAUUUGAGCUCCAGCCUCAGAGCCAAGAUGCCCUGGAGGGUACCAAAGUCCUGUUCAAGUGCCAAGUGUCUGGCUCCCCACUGCCCACUGUGAGCUGGCUGAAGGAUGGCCACCCCGCCAGGCCUCGGGCCGGACUCAGCCUGCAGCAGGAGGGGGACGUGCACCUGCUCUGCGUCGACCGGGCGCAGAGGAGCGACGCCGGCCAGUACGGCUGCACCGCCACCAACGGCCGCGGGAAGGUGACCGCCACCUGGACGCUCCACGUGAAGAGUCAACGUCCAGAGGGCAAAGCGCCCGUGUUCAGCAGCCUGCUAAAGGGCAGCUCUGUGACCGCCGGUCAGGACUUCACCCUGCUGUGCUCCGUGGAGGGGAGACCCGUGCCCACGGUCACCUGGCUGCUGGACGAUAAGCCGUGCCAGCAUGCCCAGACGGCGUUCGAGAGGGGCCAGGCUCAGCUCACGGUGCAGGGGGCACGGCCAGACGACGCCGGCUCCUACUCGUGUGUGGCUGAGAACGAUCACGGGCGAGCUGAGUGCUCCGCCAUCGUGGUGGUCAAAGACUUCUCUCACUCUAAGGUCCCAUCCGUUCCAGCGGUCAGGAACUCCGUUCUGCCCCGUCAGGUUGUUGUUUUUUAA